UCAGAUCUUUUGUGCGUAUUAACCAAAGGAAAUCUGAGCAGCACCUGCGGUGCGGGACUCGAAGGACAUCUGCCGAAGUACUUCAAAAUGAGGGCUGAUUUUCAACAGAUGUACGCUGAGAAGGACAGUAGUGAAGAAGAAGGUGUCAUAAAUUCGCAGUUCCAGUAUGAGCAGAGCAAGAAGGAUGCGAGAGCAAAAAGGAAUGAUCCAUCAAUUUUUCGAAGGAAAUUAUUAAAUGUCCUAUCUGCAAACAAAACCUCAGAAGUACAGAAUUGUGACGAUUCCCACUUUUGCCAAACAAAAUUAAAUGGUAGUGAUGGUGCUAUUGACCAUGACUUCAAAAAUAACAGCAGCAAAUCAAAAAUUUCCUUUCGAAUCUCAAAAAAUGAAACUGCAAAACUUUCCAGAAAAAACAACUGUAAAUUUCUUAAGGAUGGUUGCAAAUCAAAGAAAUCAAAACAGAGAAAAGCAGCCGAUAGCAACAGCAGAAGGUAUGGCAGAGCAAUCACGAAACCUUGUAAGAAGCGAAAUAAUAAGAAAAAGUUCUCAAACUAUGAUGAUGAGAACAUAAAUAAUUAUGACGUGAUUGAUGAGGAUCAAGAUGCUGAUUUCGGGAAUGAUGAGAAUCAAGCUGAUUUUGGGGAUGAUGAGAAUCAAAAUGCUGAUUUCGGGAAUGAAGAACAAGAUGAAAAAGACAUAGAUUUAAUUCACGGUUUUGAUGAAGAUGAUGACAAUGAUAAAGUCCUUGAUGAUCAAGAUGACAUUGCUAAUUUGGAUGUAGAUAAUUAUAAUGAAAAUGAAUCUUUUAAUAUAAAUGGUAAUGGAAAAAAAGGCAAAGGAAAAAUAGGCAAAGGAAAAAAAUUUCCCAUUAAAGAUUAUGAUUCCGAAAAUCAAGAUAAUUACAAAUUCUAUAACUCAGAUAAUGAUGAAGUUCAUAAAAAUGAAGAUUACGAUGACAUUUUCGAUAAUGGUGAAAACGAAGAUGACAAUUUUAAUGAAGAUGAAGGCGGUCUAAGUAAAAUUCCAGUGGAUGACGAUUAUGAUGAGGAUGAUAAUGGUAUAGGUGGUGUUCCAGAGGAUACUGGUUACGAUUAUAAUGAGGUUACAGAUACAAGUGGUAAUCCAGAAAAGGUAUACGAUUAUGAUCAUUAUGAGUAUAAUUAUGAUCAUACAGAAGACGGGCAAAGGGAAGAAGAAACAGAAUAUGAUGACAGCAAGGGCGAUGGUUUCCACCAGACUCGAGGUACUGAAAUACCGGGAGGCCUCGGAAAAUAUUUUGUUUACGUGAAUUGCACUACUUGCAAAAUUAAAAGUCAACUUGUUGUGUUGGCAGGAAAGAAAACAAGUAAACCACCAAAAGUCAACGAAAUAACCACUACAUCUACCAAAAGAAGGACAAGAAAGGGAACAAAAGGGAAAUAGUCAAAAAAUGAGCUGCAGGCCUCUAAGGAAUAGAUAUAUUCGAUUUGAUGGUUACAAAGCAUGUUUUUUAUU